GGACUGGAGCGGCAGCUCGUGCAGUGCGCGAGCGCAGGUGUUACUUCAGUACACAGUCAUGAAGACGGCUCUGUUUAUCGGGAUCUGGCUGGUUUUGCACACCGAUUGCAGCACAAUAUCUCCAAGCUGUUUUUCACUGAUGCAGCCUUGUUUUUCACCAGAUCUGUGCAGAAGUGAACAGACUCUUCUAAGAAAUGUUUGUGUUUCUGAAGACAGCAGCUGUCAAAUGCAGAGUACUGAAGGCUGUAACGUGACCAUUCAGGCAAUAUUAGCUCACUCAAGGGAGUGUGUUUGCACUGAUGAAAAUCCAUGCAGCGUUCUACAGCUCCUUGUUUCCUUCUGCCAUCCCUACUUAGAAGAUGUCAAUCCCUUGCCUGCAUCUGACACAUCAAGAUUGGCAAAUCAGCAGGCGAGCAGUCAAGCCAAUGCUCGGCAUCCUCAUUCAGAUCAUCACCUACCCUUUCAAGUUCAUGAGAACAACUUCAAAAACAAGGACGAAUGGAAAGAAAGUAGAUUAUUAACAUCUGUUCCAACUCUAGACAUUUCCUGCGUACAGGGAAUGACUCUGUGCAUCCAAGACGAAGUGUGUAACCGGCAGCUGGUGCCGUUUGUUCAGUCUUGUUCUACACCUCAAUGUGAGGACAGGCUUUGCAGAAUGGCAGCGAGACGAUUUUAUUCAAGCCUACCCGAAAACAUGGUUGACAUGCUGGUAUUCUGCCAGUGUGAGCCAGAUGAUCAGGAUUGCCAGCAUUUUCAGACCAUGCUCAAUUCCAACUCCUGCAAACAAGACCAAACAUCACAAUGGAACUGCCUGGAGAUGCUGGACAACUGCACUGGAGAGAAGAUUUGCAGGCAGAGGUUCGAGGUAUUCUUGUCCAAAUGUUUUGGCUCUGAGGAUGUUUCACUUAGUGGAUAUUCAACCAUAGAACUGCUGCAUGUCAUAGACCUCAACUUUUUUGUCAGUGGAAACAAAGAGUGCAGGCGGGCCUUUGUAGAUACAAUGGGAUCUGUGCUUCAGAGCCUAUGCACCUGUCAUGGACUGGAUCAUCACAAUCUUUACAGGUGCAAUGUGCUGCAACAAGCCAUUCAUAACAGAUCCUAUUUCAAACCACAAGGACCUAAGAAAAAUCUCUCCACUACGAAGUCCAAAGUAAACAAAUCGCAGCAAGAGCGUUCAUGGCUAAAUGAUCAGUUAUUGUACAUCGUAUUAUCCGUUUGUGCGCUGGUGGUGAUCUUUGCUGUCAGCUUUGCCGUUGUUGCACAUAAACUGAGCAAAAAACACAACGUGUCCAAAAACCCAGAUUCCAGAUACAAACCCCCAGAAGAUUCCACAAAAUCAUUUGUCUUGUAACUUUGCGGAUGAUUCAUAACUCACGGAUGUUCGCACAAAGAGACUGUUCGUACAAGCUCAAAUUAUUUUAUAGUAUGUAUAUAUAAUAACAUUUAUCAAAUGGAGUUUUAACUAUUAUUGUGAAUACACACCGGUGUAAGAUAUUGAAGGAUCAUUGUAUUGUUGCUGUGCUUUUGUUCUAGAGUUAAUAUUGCAUUAAGAGUUAACAUUUUAUCUAAACUAUUACUAUUUAUAUGUUCUUUACAUGUACUAUAAUUAACACUAGUCAAAUAUAACUAUCUAUAAAUAUAUGUGAUGGUCUAGGAACACCCACUGAAAGACACCACAUUUAUUUUUAUAUUUGUAAUCAAACUUUAUUAUUAAAACAACAAAGCAUGUCACAGCACUGAUGCUCUUCACUGAAAAGUACGGAAAUAAAUCUUUUUUUUGAAGUCCAGAA